AUGGAGAGCCAACGGCGCGCGUUUUCCGGGUGUCGACGUGGCGCCGUGCCGCCGACUCGCCUGCAGCGCGACACCGCGCUCGUUGGCUCUCCACGCGGCGACGCAUCAACUUCCUCCAAGGCGCAAGAUUCGCCGAAUCUCGUCACGCCGAAAGUCCUGAGCGCAAUUCGUCCGUCAGCGCACCGCGAUUCUUCGCACCCCGAGCGGGCGGCAUUCCAAGGUACCCCUGACGCAAGCGCUGUCCAUUCCGCCGGUCAUGCCGGUGCUCCCGCCAGCCGUGGCCCGCUCGCUCGCGUUCGCCCUGCCGCCUCAACAGCAGCAGGGGGAGCCCACGGCGUGCAGAUGCGCGGGCCACGCCCGCCGUCGCUCAUCCUUCCCUCUCAGUGCGGCCUCCACACCUGCCUUGGCACCUCCGCCACCCAUGCUGCCGUCAGGGCCGCGCAGGCCGUCAACGACCGUACCGCCGCGGCUGCUGACUCGCCCGCAGCGUCCGCUGUCUCCGCUGCUGCCACGCCUUCCUCAUUCGCGUCCUCCCCACCCGCUCCUUCCGCUGCUGCUGCCUGCCCGUCCGCACUCCCGCUCGCCUCCACCUGCGCUGAAUCCCCGCGGCUGCUACACCCGCGCUCUGCACGUACCGCCCCUUCCCCUCCUCCCUCCGCCUCCGCCUCUCCGCGCCUGCUCCAGGCGUCCCGUCCGCGCGCGCCCAGCGCGCACUCGUCUCCGCGCCCCUGCAUUCCUGAGCGCACUGCGCAGUACGCCUCCCACGACCAGGCGGACCUUCCCCGCGCGGCGAGCUUCCACCAUCCGCCCGCCCGCCGCCGCGAGUCCGAUGCGCCAAUGGCGCAAGAGGCGGCGGACCUUGCUCGCGCGCGCAGUUUCCACCGCCCGCCCUCGCAACUGCACUCGAAGCUCUCCCCCUCCACCGCCCACCAUACCCGCUUGCCCUUCCCCCUCCUGCCCCUCACCUUCCCCCGCUCUCCCACCCAUCCCGCGCCCCGUAGCUGCCCGCCAGCACGCCUGCUCGAGGAGCAGCCGCUGCGGCAGUGGGGGAGAGGCGAAAGUGGGGGCAGGGGGCAGGAGGAGUGUGAGGUGAUGGGGUGGCGAGAGAAGUGGGUGUCGGAGGCGAGCGGGGACAGGGAGAGGGGGGAGGGUGAGGGGGAGGAAGAAGGGGAGGAAGAGUGGGGAACACAGAAAGUGGGGAGAGGGGAGCGGUUGCUGCAAGGACGGGAUGUGAUCUUGAGAAACAGGCAGCCGCAACGGCGGGCAUCGUUUGGCGGCCAAUCAGAUGCUGCCAUGUGGCAGCGUGUCCACGACGGGAUGCCUAUGGAAGAGGCAGGUGUGCCCAUGUGGCGCCUUGUGGCUCGCGCCCUGGCGCCGCUCGGGCCCACACCGCCCAGUCAGGCGCCGCCCAGCCAGGCACUGCCCAGCCCCACGCCGCACAGCCAGGCGCCGCCCAGCGCCGCCUCUGCACAGUUGAAGUGCCACACUGGCUGCGGGGGAGUAGCAGCAUCAUGCACUGCCGGGGAGCGGGUAGGAGGCGGCGCUGUGAGGGGGGAGGGGGGCGAUGUGGCAGGUGAUGUGAGGGGGUUCAGCGGCAGGGCACAGCUACCUGAGCGCGUACAGGAUCACAGUCGAUACAGUCACAGCGCGACCCCCUCUCCACGAUUGGGGUGUGCCCCCGGGACGUGCAGUGUGGUGCUUCCUCCCCCCGUGUGCAACCCCACGGAAGCACGCACACACUCCCUUGUCCAGCCACAGCAUCAGCAGCAGGAGGAUGGGGAGGAUGAGGCGGAAGCCCAACAGCUGGCAGGUCUGGCAUGGGGCGGCGGAGGGGAGCAGACGUGUCCACAAUGGCCGACUGUUUUGCCUGGACCGAGGGAGGGGGUGGGUAGUGGGGGAGGGAGGUUGGUUCCGUAG